AUCUUGGUUUUUACUCUUUGAGAAGCCGGCUCAUCUUUAAAUACGCAAUCGAAUUGGGAACUUGAAGCCUUUUUUACACGCCAUUUUAUACAUACUGAAACUCUUUGUGUAUGUAUAUUCGUUAGUGGUGCAGGAUUCCACCUCGGAAUGUAUUAGGAAUAUUAUUACAAGCUUAUGUUGCGACAGUGUCUAUAAAUCGUGCGACUUGCUCCAGAUUCCAGUCGCAUUGGGUUCUAAAAAUGGCUCUGCCAAGCCGUUCACGAGUUUAUUCAGACAUAAACUCUCAUAAGCCUCGCGAAUAUUGGGAUUAUGAAUCAUAUGUUGUGGACUGGGGGCAACAAGAUGAUUAUCAGCUUGUUAGGAAACUUGGACGAGGGAAAUACAGUGAAGUGUUUGAAGCCAUCAAUAUUACAAACAAUGAAAAAUGUGUAGUGAAAAUAUUAAAGCCUGUGAAAAAGAAGAAGAUUAAGCGUGAAAUAAAGAUUUUGGAGAACCUGCGUGGAGGAACGAAUAUCAUCACUCUCCAGGCUGUGGUGAAGGAUCCAGUCUCAAGAACACCAGCUCUUAUCUUUGAACAUGUCAAUAACACAGACUUCAAACAAUUGUAUCAAACAUUAACAGACUAUGACAUCCGAUACUACCUGUAUGAAUUACUCAAGGCUUUAGACUACUGUCACAGCAUGGGCAUCAUGCAUCGUGAUGUGAAACCUCAUAACGUCAUGAUUGACCAUGAAAACCGAAAGCUUCGUCUCAUUGACUGGGGUUUAGCAGAGUUCUAUCAUCCGGGACAGGAAUACAACGUGCGUGUUGCUUCGCGAUAUUUCAAGGGCCCAGAACUCCUAGUAGAUUACCAGAUGUAUGACUACUCAUUGGAUAUGUGGUCUCUUGGCUGUAUGCUAGCCAGCAUGAUCUUCAGGAAAGAGCCUUUCUUCCAUGGCCAUGAUAACUAUGACCAGUUGGUGCGCAUUGCCAAAGUGCUUGGAACAGAAGAAUUGUUUGAAUAUUUAGAAAAAUACCACAUAGAGCUUGAUCCUAGGUUUCAUGACAUUCUUGGCAGACAUUCAAAGAAACGAUGGGAAAGAUUUGUGCACAGUGAAAAUCAGCACUUAGUAUCUCCAGAAGCAUUGGAUUUCCUCGACAAGUUGUUACGGUAUGACCACUAUGAACGGCUCACAGCAAGGGAAGCCAUGGAACAUCCUUACUUCUAUCCAAUAGUGAAAGAUCAAGGACGUAUGAACAUGGUCUCCUCUUCUCCUACUCCCAUAGCAGGCUCUGGGCCUGUAGGUGAGUAGCAUGACAGGAGGCCCAUCCCUUGCCGGCAACUCUGUGGUGAGUGGUCUUGUUCCCAGCUCUCCAAUAAUCUCUCCUGGAACAGUUCCACUCUCAGCUGGGGCCAUGCAGCCCUAAGCAGCAUUCAAACACUGGCGGUAGCAGUCGGUUAUAGCUCAUGUGUCCAGUGCAGUCAUCGAUAAAGAAUAUUACCCAUCAGACUUGUUCAGCUUGUGGCACCAUCUUUUGGCAGCCAUCAUAUUCUUUUCCUGCCUUUGAUUUGUUUUUGUUUUGUUUCAUUCUGUCUUUUUUUAUUUCUGUUUGAAAGUAACUUUUCGGUUAUGAGUUCAUUCGUGAUAGACCAUUGGAAUUGGAAAUGAUUUAAAUAAAGCAAAAUAAAAUUACCUUUUAAGGUUUCCACAUACUGUAGAUUUAUUCUAAGAAUCUUAAACUAAAAGAAUUAUUAAAUCUGUUUAGUCAGAAAGAAAACUGGAACAUCUCUGUGAAAAUGUGUGAAUGUUUAUGAGAUUAUGAGUAUGUUA